GAUACAAAACAGUGUCGCCAAGAGAGUGACGUUUGUUUGUCUCUCUGUGUGUUUGUGAAUGUAGCAUAAUAUUGAAUGAUAAUUGAUGUGUGUUUGAGAGUUGAGUUAGUCGAAUCAAUCAAAUCAUUUUGCACUUAAUCUCUCUUUCUCUCUCAUGUUCGACUUGUGAAAUUGUUUUACGGCCGCAAGAUAAAGCGAUAUUAUCGACGAUGAGAGCACAUUUUAGAGAAUUACGUUGUGAAACACGGUCACAUCGCGUAGCUCGUGGUAAUAAUUGUGUGGUAACCGUAAUUUUUUGUGUUCAGUUGAAAAUUAUCGUGUAACGAGUGCAGAAUAACCAAUGGAAAAUCACAGUCUGAGCGAUUUACAUGCGACAGAAGCGCAGAAUGACCAUAACCACGAACAGGAGAAUGGCGAGAAGCAAUCGAACGAUGAGAAGCGUGGCGCAAGCAUUUUGUACGGCAUUGAUGAUAUUCCACCAUGGUAUUUAAGCAUCCCAAUGGCAUUUCAGCAUUAUUUAACGAUGAUUGGUGCCAUCGUUUCGAUUCCGUUCAUAUUAACGCCCGCGCUUUGCAUGAGCGAUGAAGAUCCAGCACGUGGCCUAAUCAUAUCGACUAUGAUUUUUGUCACUGGCAUCGUCACCUAUAUUCAAGUGACGUGGGGCUGCCGUUUGCCCAUCGUACAAGGUGGAACGAUAAGUUUUCUCGUGCCAGUGCUUGCAAUUCUCAAUUUGCCACAGUGGAAAUGCCCGAACCCAGAUAAAAUGAACGCAAUGUCAUCGGAUGAACGGACUGAAUUAUGGCAACUGAGAAUGCGAGAAAUUUCUGGUGCGAUCGCGGUUUCCGCUAUUUUUCAAUUAGUCAUCGGUUUUACGGGAUUUGUUGGGAAAUUAUUGAAAAUUAUUACACCAUUGACUAUCGUUCCAACGGUGUCACUCGUUGGACUUACGCUGUUCAAGCAUGCCGGUGAAACGGCUGCAAAGCACUGGGGAAUUGCAGUUAGCACAACGUUCCUAUUGACACUGUUCUCGCAAGUAAUGGUCGACGUACAGUUUCCAUUCAUUGUGUAUCGCAAAAACGAAGGAUUUCAAAUACGUUCAUUUGGAUUAUUCAAACUAUUUCCGGUGCUGCUAACAAUAUCGAUUAUGUGGAGUUUGUGUGCCAUUUUAACCGUGACUAAUGUACUUGAAGAAGGUCAUCCGGCUCGCACAGACGCUCGUCUACGCGUACUCACCGAUUCGGCAUGGUUCUACAUUCCAUACCCUGGGCAAUUUGGCUGGCCAACCGUUACCGUUGCUGGCGUUCUCGGAAUGUUAGCUGGUGUAUUGGCAUGUACCGUUGAAUCAAUUAGUUAUUAUCCGACCGUGUCGCAAAUGUGUGGAGCACCGCCACCACCAUUGCACGCUAUAAAUCGUGGCAUUGGCAUCGAAGGACUCGGCACAAUUUUGGCCGGUCUUUGGGGUUCGGGCAAUGGAACAAAUACAUUUGGUGAAAAUGUUGGUGCCAUUGGAGUUACGAAGAUUGGCAGUCGUCGAGUAAUCCAAUGGGCAGCAUUAAUCAUGAUACUGCAGGGUGUUAUCAAUAAAUUCGGUGCUGUUUUCAUUAUGAUCCCAGAUCCAGUUGUUGGUGGUCUAUUUUGCGUUAUGUUUGGAAUGAUCACUGCAUUUGGUUUAUCAGCUUUGCAGUACGUCGACUUGAGAUCAUCACGGAAUCUGUACAUAAUUGGGAUAUCACUAUUUUUCCCAUUGGUCUUAUGCCAAUGGAUGCAACAACACCCGGGUGUCAUUAACACCGGCAUCAAGGAGUUGGACAGCACGCUGUCGGUCUUACUAAGCACAACCAUUUUGGUCGGUGGAUGCCUAGGAUGUUUGCUCGAUAAUCUCAUUCCAGGGACGAAAGAGGAACGCGGUCUGAUUGCUUGGGAAAAGGAAAUGUCAUUAAAACAGAGCGAAUCGACUGAAAUUGAACCGGCUUCGUCGACAUUUGAUUUUCCACUCGGAAUGGAUGCACUUCGCAGGUGCAAAUGGACGACGUACUUGCCAUUCCUGCCGACCUACAAACAGCGAAAAACCAAAUAACCGAUUGAGUCGAGAGACAUUUAAUCGUUGCAUCGAGCAUCGCCUCAUUUAUUUUGGAAUUUUCCGACCGGAGUGGAUGAAAAUACGUUCAUUGUAUACACAAUUUGUAGUUUAAAUUUAUAGCAGAGUGGAAAAUAUGCGAAGAGAGAAUUGUGUUGUUUACAGAAAAUUAAAACUGAAUAUAAUUGUUUUGUAGCAAACUAAUUAUGGUAUUGUAAUUGUGAAAAUGUUGUAAUAUUAAUGCCCGAAUAAUAACUAGUGAAUAAAAAUGCUUUGAUGCUAUUAAAAUAAA